AAGCCCUUGUGUUUCUAUUGAUGCGAGAAAUAGGCAUAUAAGGUGUUGAUGGUAAACUGACACGUCAACACUACGUCUGCAUGACCUGUACAUGUCACGUGAUGUGAACGCGUCGGCAGUUUGAUGUUACGGAGUCUAGUUGUUAGGUAAUCGACUAGCCGGACUGUUCCCCGGACUCCCGUGUAGGGAUUUCUACAAUGCAUGAACAAGGCAAUUGAACUAGCCAUUGGUGUCUGUCUUUAUUACUUUAUCCAAUAUAUCAUACUAAAACAUGGUAUCAGAAGUGGCUCGAAAACCACACGUUUGUUAUUUUUGUAUCUAAGUACAGUAUAGGCGCAGUUACGUUCCAUAUGCGAACACACGCCGUUUCCUACUCACAACACUGAUCAACUCGUUGUUAGCUUGCAUCACUACCUACCUCGAUGACUGAAGGCAAAGAAAUCUCCUAUUCCAUCGCUAUGGCAGCGAACGUUCCGCCACCAAAUCCCAUGGUUCUCACAGGGGACUGGAAUACUAAUUGGGACAAUUUCAGGGAUGAAUUCGCUGGCGACCGGUCUACAUGAGAAACCCAACCAGGUACAAGCGGCAACUCUGAGGAGUUUAAUGGGCAGCGAAUGCAGGCAUAUCUACCGGCACAAUCUCACCCUCACAGCGCGACAACAGUGUGAUGCAAAGGCUAUAUUGAAUACAUUGGAGAAUUACUUCAAACCCGCCAGAAACGUCAUUUACGAGCGGUUGGUUUUCGGAAGCUGCAAAAAGGAAGAGGGUUCCGGUCUUUCGCUGCUGCUAUCGUGGCAGCUGCCAUACACUACCAGCAAAGAGCUAUUUAUGCAAGUCUUUGCAACGGGUGCAUCAAACCUAAUUCACAAGGAAUUAUCCGGUCGAAAAAAGAGGUUUGGAGGCCAUAACAUGCAGCACUACAGAUGGGGCAAAACAAUGAAAUGGAGAAAAUACAGAAACACAGUGCAAACGCUUAUCAAAGAAGCAAAGACAAACUACUACAAAACUGAAAUCCAGGACCUAAAGAAGAAAAACCCUAAGGAAUUGUGGGACUACAUUAACAAAGGACUGGGACAAAAGAAAACAUCAGGAGGGAGAAAACAGGUCGAGGGAAUUGAAGACAACGAUGUGGCUUUUGUUUUUAAUGUAUUCUUUGCUGAAGCAUGGACAAGCACCACACCUCUUGCCAUCUUCCCUCUCCCCAUGCCUACAAGGCAGGUUGAGCUGUGCAGCAUUAACCAGAUAAAGCAAGCUCUGACCAGACUGAACCCACUGAAGCAUGUGGGCCUGUUGGCAUUCCAGCCUGGCUACUAAAAGAGCAUGCAGAAGAUCACGCAUACCAUAUUAAACCCUAUAGUAUACUAUAUUAAAACCUAUAGUAGACUAUAUUAAACCCUAUAGUAGACCCUAUAGUAAACAAUAUUAAACCCUAUAGUACCCUAUAGUAGACCCUAUAGUAUACUAUAUUAAACCCUAUAGUAGACCGUAUAGUAUACAAUAUUAAACCCUAUAGUUUACUAUAUUAAACCCUAUAGUAGACCGUAUAGUAUACAAUAUUAAACCCUAUAGUUUACUAUAUUAAACCCUAUCGUAGACCCUAUAGUAUACUAUAUUAUACCCUAUAGUAUACUAUAUUAAACCCUAUAGUAGACCCUAUAGUAUACUAUAUU